UCCUAAGACCUCUCAGAAAAUCCCAUUAACUUGGCAUUUAUUAAGCAUUUCUUAAAGAGACCAAGGCUUUAUCUUAACAAAUCUUACCCACAAAUCGUGCGAUGUUUGUGAUCAGGGUUCAUAGUUUUUUACUUAAGUAAAUGCUUCUGAUAAGAUAGGCAGGGCUGCUUAAUAAGUAUUAUGUGUGUAUUUCCAGGUUAUCACUACACGUCACAAUCAAGAAUCAGGUGUAUCCCAAUUGAUGCAGGUCAUUCAUUACUUGCUAUUUUUUUUGUGCCUCUUUUUCGCUAUAAAAACGGUUCCCCCUGACCAAGAACGGCAUUAUAGCUUUUUCUUUAGAGACCAAGAGAUGGGCGCACUACCAACUACUUACGAUGCAAGCGAACGGGUCUGGAUUGGUCCCAAACGGGAUAAUAUGUACACCGAUGAGACGUCAAUAGGCAAGGUAAUAUGCAACAACAUGAGGAAUUGGCCAAAGAAUGUCUGCCAGAUAAACGAUACGGAUGGCGUGGCAGUCACCUUUGAUCAGGCCAUCACAUGGGCCAUUCGCAUAGCUCAGUUAUUCAAGAAGAAGGGUCUAAAAUAUCCGGAUAUUAUAGGCCUGUCAGUCAGGAACUCCACCUAUGUGAUGCCCCUCGGAGUGGCCUGUUUUUUAAAUGGGACACCCUUUCAUGCCAUCAAUCCGGUAAUGGAUGAAGCCACCAUGACCCACGUUUUUUCCAUAACCAAGCCAAGAAUUAUAUUCUGCGAUGGACAGGAAUACGAGAAGGUGCGAGCCGCCACUAAAGAAUGGGAAGCAGAGAUUUAUACAGUCACAGAUCCUAUUCAGGGGGUCCCACACAUAGAAAGUCUUCUGGAGCCCACACCCACUGAAUUAUUUUACCAGCCAGAACCUUUAAAAUAUGGAGGCGAGCAGACAAUGGCCAUUCUGUGCUCCUCGGGAACUACUGGCCUGCCAAAAGCUGUCUGCAUUUCCAAUGCGGUUUUGCAUGUAAAUUACUUCAUGAUGAACAGCGAAUUGGUGGUAUUUUCAGCCAGUGGUCUUGACUGGUACAGUGGACUGUCCUCUCUUUUGUUUGGAACAGUGAUCGGCUGCACCCGCAUCAUAACCAACAAGCCCUAUUCGCCGGCUUACUUUGUGGAGCUCGUGGAGAAGUACAAGAUCAACAGCGUCAUUCUGCCUCCCCGCCACUUGUCUGCUUUGAUCAAUUAUCCUGGAGCCUCAAAGGAAGCCUUGGUCUCUAUUCGACACAUAACCUAUGGCGGCGGCUUUACCUCCAUGACCACACUGAAAAAGGUACAGGAACUCUGUCCAGGUGCCAUGCUCACCUCUGGCUAUGGAAUGACGGAGGUGGGUGGCGUGACCUUCAAUAUGGGACUGGGUAAUGCCAACACUGCCGGCAAGCCACUGGCGGGUGUGAAGAUACGGAUUGUGGAUGAGGAUGGCAAGUACCUGGGAUACAACGAGACGGGGGAGAUCUAUGUGCACAAUGGUCUGCCCUGGAAUGGUUACUUUGGCAAUCCCCUGGAGUCGCGGCGCAUGCAGGACUAUCAGGGCUGGUUCCACACCGGCGACCUGGGCUACUUUGACGAACAAAAUCAACUCUUUGUGGUGGAUCGCAAGAAGGAGAUCUGCAAGUACCAGGGCAACCACUAUUGGCCCUCCGAAAUCGAGGGCGUCAUAUACGAGCUGCCCCAGGUGGAGGAAGUCUGUGUGGUGAGCAUCUACGAUGAGCAGCAGGGAGAUGCCGCUGGUGCUCUGGUGGUCAAGAGGCAGGGAACCUCGAUCACGGCGCAGGAGAUUGCGGAUCAUGUGGCCAGGAGAUUGCCGGCUGUUCAGAAGCAACUCCAUGCCGGUGUCCAGUUCACGGACAAGUUGCCAGCCAAUCAGAAUGGAAAGACAUUAAGAAGGGUGGCGCGGGAGGAGUUUUUGGCCAAAAAGGAAAAAUAAAUAUUUGCGAUAAUUACUCAAACACAAGGAUUUUAGUUAAUUAUUUAUUUCUUAUGAUAUUAUUGAGAUCGUUUGAGUGG